UCGGACUGGCCCAAGCCCAGAGCACUGCUGCCCUGGGCCUGCACUCAGCCUUGGCCCUCCCUGUGCUGCAGGUGAUCAAGUACACGCUGGACCCUGUGUGGAAACCAUUUACUGUACCGUUGGUAUCCCUGUGUGAUGGGGACAUGGAGAAGGCCAUCCAGGUCAUGUGCUACGACUAUGACAACGACGGGGGCCAUGACUUCAUCGGCGAGUUCCAGACCUCGGUGUCGCGGAUGUGUGAGGCUCGUGAUGGCGUCCCGGUGGAGUUUGAGUGCAUCAACCCCAAGAAGCAAAGGAAGAAGAAGAACUAUAAAAACUCGGGCAUCAUUAUCCUGCGUUCCUGCAAGAUAAACCGGGACUACUCCUUCCUGGACUACAUCCUGGGAGGCUGCCAGCUCAUGUUCACUGUUGGGAUAGACUUCACAGCCUCCAACGGGAAUCCCCUUGACCCUUCCUCUUUGCACUAUAUCAACCCCAUGGGCACCAACGAGUAUCUGUCGGCCAUCUGGGCUGUCGGGCAGAUCAUUCAGGACUAUGACAGUGAUAAGAUGUUUCCGGCUCUGGGCUUUGGGGCCCAGUUACCCCCAGACUGGAAGCAGUACUUCAUCCUCCUCAUCAUCACGGACGGCGUCAUCAGUGACAUGGAGGAGACGCGCCACGCCGUGGUGCAGGCUUCCAAGCUGCCCAUGUCCAUCAUCAUCGUGGGCGUGGGCAACGCUGACUUCGCCGCCAUGGAGUUCCUGGACGGGGACAGCCGCACGCUGCGCUCGCACACCGGGGAGGAGGCGGCCCGUGACAUCGUGCAGUUCGUGCCCUUCCGAGAGUUCCGCAACGCAGCGAAAGAGACCUUGGCCAAAGCUGUGUUGGCAGAACUGCCCCAACAAGUCGUGCAGUAUUUCAAGCAUAAAAACCUGCCCCCCACCCACUCGGAGCCUGCCUGAGCACCAGCCCAGGCCCAGCAGCAGCAUGCCGGCUGGGCCUCCCGCCCUCCCAGGAACGUGCACGCUCACCCUGCUUCCUGGUGGGGCGGGGGGGGCGGGGCCUUGUUUUUAACCCAUCCACGUUUUUAUUUUCUACAACCAGACCUCCACCCCCCCACCUUCCCCCAGCUCAGCUGGGCUUCCUUUGUUGGAGUCAACAGAUGAUACUUCCGGGCCAAACUGGCUUCCUCCCUCCCCUUAAGUAUUGAAUGUACUUUGUAUAAUUUUAGUGAAAUUGUUAUUAAAGAGAAAAUUUUUACAAUCCUAACUGGCUUCUUCCAAAUAACUAGCUGCAGACCCUGAAAGGAGCGUGUCCCCAGUGCAUACUUUGUGUCAUUGCCUGCACUUACUUCCUGCUGUUUUUUUAUACUGUGACUGUGUUCUAGUUGUUAUACUCAGGGUAAUAAAGGAGUUUCCAAUGUC